CACAUUUCAGGGUGACACCAGGCGAAUGUCAAUAAGCAAGGAUGGUGCUGUGUGCAGUAAGGCGGCAACUUCUAAGCAGCAGCAGCACCUGUGGAGCCUGGGCUAGGUUUCUGCAGAGACAGGGCAGGAUGUUUGUGUACUCCAGCAUACAUGGCUUCAACCAGGAGGAGAUCCAAGAGAAGCUGCAGGCCUUUCCCGGAGGAUCCAUUGACCUACUCACACAGGAGUCUGGCCUCGCAGUUCUAACCAUCAACUACCCCUCCCGCAUGAAUGCCUUCUCUGGCAGUAUGAUGGUAGAUCUGGAGGAGAGGGUGAGUCAGCUGGAGGGCUGGACAGACGGUAAAGGCCUCAUAGUCCAGGGUGCUUCGGGUACCUUCUGCUCUGGAUCGGACCUCAACGCUGUCAGGGCCAUAUCCAACCCACAGGAUGGGAUGAAGAUGUGUAUGUUUAUGCAGAAUACUCUUACAAGACUACUCAGGCUGCCUCUGAUCUCUGUUGCUCUGGUGGAGGGGAGAGCUCUGGGAGGAGGUGCAGAACUCAGCACUGCCUGCGAUUUCAGGUUAAUGGCAUCUGGCAGUGUGAUCCAGUUUGUACAUAAACACAUGGGCUUGGUCCCAGGCUGGGGCGGUGCCGCUCGACUUGUCCGCAUUGUGGGAAGCCAGAAUGCGCUUAAGCUGCUAGGUGGUGCUGUAAAAGUGGAUCCAGAACUCGCCUUGCAGAUUGGACUGGCAGAUGACAUUUUGCAGGAGGAGGGUACAGGCACUCCCCUACAGCGGGCUGAAAACUGGCUUAGUAUCUAUACAAAAGGACCUGCCCCAGUGAUCCAGGCUGUGAAGAAAGUGGUGCUGUCAGGCAGAGAGCUCCUUCUGUCUGAGGCUCUGAGGACAGAGAAGGAUGUAUUUGGGACGGUGUGGGGGGGCCCAGCUAACCUGCAGGCUCUGGCCAGCAAGUCCAAACACAGAUGAGAGACAGUCAGUGGCUCAGAUCAGCCAAGAUCUUCAACUCAGACAUUUGUGGAUAUCUCUUUACACAUCUGAAUUGUUUGGAAGAGAACUGCUACAGAGUGACAUCAAUAAACUAUUUAGUUAUUUUGUGUACUAUAGACAUUUACAAAUGCUUCUUAUGAUUUAUGUGUAAAAAAUGUGGACUCUGGAAAUGUAGAGGCAAAGAAAAAAGGGUUUUACUUUGUUUGAAACUUCAUCAUUUCAAUAAAUCAGCUGUCAUACACUCAUUA